AUGUUUCGCAUCGUAGUAAACUCGAAGAAACCUCCCCAAAAUGUCCGGACAAUAUUCAAACUAUUCGGCCACGAAAAACAAGUGGACUUGCUCCAGUCCUCUGCAGUGACGGUCCGUGAACCAGAAUUCCCACUCUCACUAACAGGACGACCACGUCUCACAGAACUUUCACUAAAGGGUGUAGCUAAAUACAUGAUGACAGCGGAGUGUCAGAACAUUCUAGUGUUAUCUGGACACGGGAUAUCUGCUCCUGCUGGUAUUCCUAACUAUAGGAAGCUAGGGGGUAUUGAGGCUAGGAAGCUGAUGGGUGAGAAGGGGUGGACGGAGAAGGAGGACGCCAAACAAUUGUUUGAAAAAUACCAUUUUUCUCUUCUGCCGUACGGAAUGCUUCGUUUUGUGCAGGGUUUGUGGCCUGGAAACCAUCGGCCAACGUAUGCACAUUAUUUCAUAAGAACACUUCAAGAGAAAGGGCUGUUACUUAGAAAUUGGACAGAGAACAUCGACAACUUAGAGAAGGUUUGUGGGAUCAGAUCUGAUAAGUUAAUAGAGUUCUAUGGUUCAUUCUUGACCUGGCGAUGUGAAAACAGGGCGUGUGAAACAGCAUACGACCUGCUCUGGUUGAAGGAGCGAAUGGAAAUGUUUCAAUUCCCGAACUGUUCGAAAUGUUUCCACAAAACAGCUCCUGACAUCAGGUGGUACCACGAGUGUUCCAGCUCCAUAUUCAGACAAGCUGAUGUGGAUGCUGAGAACUGUGACCUGCUCAUUGUCAUAGGAUCAGACCUUCUCACGGCCCCAUUCUGUGAGAUCCCAAAACACGUUCCAUGGGACGUGCCACGUCUCAUUAUCCACGACACAGACAUUACAAACGACACCGACGUCAUGGAUUUGAACGUAAAUUUUGAUUUUAAUUCCGAGAACGCAUACCGGGACGUGUUGUGGGAGGGCAACACAGAUCUGGGUAUUUUAUCUCUGAGCAGUUAUUUGCAGUGGGACAGGGAUGUUAAGUAUGUGAUGGAAAGUGACACUGCCCUGCUGCCCACAAGACGGGAGAUUCAGGAGAGACUGGGUAUGGUCAGAGAUGAGGAUCAGAGGAGCAAACCUCUGCCUAAACUUAGAUAA